AUGCACCGCAAUCAUUAUCAAGCGAAGAGCAGAGUAAUUGGUUCUUAUAUAAAAAUCAAUUUUGAGGAUGUUAAGUGUAUUUAUAAGUCUAAGAACAUUGUCAACGAUUUUCGCAAGGACUUUGGGGUCAACAUAAGUUAUGAUAAGGCAUGGCGAUCGCGGGAAAAGGCUUUGGACAUGGUCAAGGGGGGUGUAGAGGAACCAUUCAAGUUGCUUCCAUCUUAUUUGUACAUGCUGAAGUUGAAUAAUCCCGGGACUAUUACAAAAUUCAAAAGUGACAGUGGCAACAGAUUCAAGUACCUUUUUAUGGCCAUUGGUGCAUGCCUUGUCAAAUUUCGUAGCAAGAUGCGGCCCAUUAUUGUAAUCGACGCUUGUUUCCUUAAGGGAAAGUAUCUUGGUAGUUUGUUUGUUAUCACAUGUAAAGACGGUAACAAUAUUGUUUAUCCUAUAGCGUGGGGAGUCAGAGAUUCCGAGAAUGAUACCUCAUGGGAAUGGUUCUUUAAUAAAUUGCGCUCUGCAAUUGGUGAUGAGAUACCUGAUGUGGAAAAUGUGCAUGCUCUUUUCUAUAAGGCUGCGAAGGCUUAUCGACAAAUAAAAUUUCAUGAAUACUUUAAUGAGCUCGAGCAAUAUGCUCUAGCUGUCAAUACCUAUCUUAAAGAGGCUGGCUUUAGUCUUUGGGCACGUGCAUAUUCGAAUGGCAAGAUAUUUGAUAUAAUGAAGACAAACAUUGCAAAAUGCCUCAAUGCAGUUCUGACAGAUGCACGUAAAUUGCAAAUUCAAUGUUUGAUGGAGUAUAUCAAGAAUAUGUUGCAACAAUGGUUUUAUGAGAGACGAGGUGAUGCUAGUAAAAUGGGUGGUCAUAUAGCAUCUUGGUUUGAGGAAGAAAUAGCCAAAAAAUUGGCAUUAUCCUAA